AUGAACCGAGUAUUUCAAGAUGUAUUGGACAAGUUUGUCAUUGUCUUCAUUGAUGACAUCUUGAUUUAUUCCAAGAAUACAGAGGAACACUCCCAACACCUGAGAAUGGUACUGCAAAGAUUGGGAGAAAAGAAGUUUUAUGCCAAAUUUAGUAAGUGCGAGUUUUGGCUUCCACAGGUAGCAUUUCUGGGACAUAUAGUUUCAAAGAAAGGAAUUGAAGUGGACCCUGGUAAGGUGAAGGCUGUACUAGAAUGGGAACCACCAAAGAAUGUUGGCGAAAUUUGGAGUUUCCUAGGGCUUGCAGGGUAUUACCGAAGGUUCACUAAGAACUUUUCUUGCAUAUCAGCACCAAUGACUAAGUUGACUUGGAAGGGAGUGAAGUUUGAAUGGUCAAGAGAGUGUAAAAGGAGCUUUCAAGAGCUGAAACACAAACUGGUCACUGCCCCAGUUUUGACACUCCCAUCGGGUACUGGUGGUAUGACAGUGUACAGUGAUGCCUCUAGAUCAGGGCUUGGUUGUGUUUUGAUGCAAAAUGGCAAGGUAGUAGAAUGUUUCUAG